AGGCAUCAAAACACCAGCGAUACGAGACAACGGCUCCAAUGCUCGCCAGAGGUGCAAAUGCGGACCAGUCUGGCAUCCCGAAGCCGGCUUCAUGACUCGAAAUAACCUCGCGGGCCACCUCACCUGGUUGUUGAAGAACGCCGCCUUAUCAAAGCCCGCCGCUCGAGAGCUUCCCCAAGCCAGCGACUCAGCAUCAUUCCGAUUUUCGCAAUCCCAGUCUGCAGGCGGCCGUACGGCAGAGCCGAGUCAAGCAACCACCGUAUCAAGUGGAGGAGACAGACAUCGUCAGCAGGUUCAGGAAUCUCGGAGCUCAAAUGGCCCGCCGAAGAGAGAAGAAGGUUCACUGGUUACAGAAGUGGUGGCAUUAGAGGACGACGAUAUGGGCCGCCUAAACUUGUCUACCGGGUCGAAAAAGCCUUCGCUUUUGUCACAAUAUGGCAGACUUGCGACGCCAUCAUCAGCUGAAACCCAGUACAAACAGCGCUCAAAUGAGUCUUCAAAAACGAGUGACCCGUCACGCCGCAGUCCAUCUCCAGGAUUCGACGCUGAUUUUGCGGACUUCGACGUGGACGAUCUGGAAUACAUGGAUCUGACGAGGACAACCGGUGCAUCUGACGAAUCUGAUGAAUUUGGCGAAGAUGUAAAAGUCUGGACCGAAAAGGACGCAUCCUGGGAGGCACCGUUGCCCAAGACUAAGAAGAGGAAGAGUGCCGAUGCUGGUGCUGAUACUCAGUUUCCCGAUGUCUAUCAGAUUCUGGGAACCUCUCCUCCUGCCCCGACUCCCGGUCGACGUUCCGUCAAGAAAGUCAGUUCUGCCGUGCCAAACCUUCAACAGACAGGGAGGUCCAUUGUUGCUAAACCAUCACAGAGUGUUAAAGCAGGGUUACCUUCGGCCGGGUCUUCAUCUCCCUUGGGACGACUUGCCAAUCAAAGAUCACCAUCUCCAAUCAAGCGGACCCCUGAUAAAGACUAUGCCAUCACUAGCUCUGAGAGAAGGAAGAAAGCGAAAGUUUCUGGCCGGCGUUCUACAUCCCCGGAUUCUCUAGACUUUGACGACCGCAUCCCUCAACCCGAACAGCGCCGAACCGACGAGUAUUUCAUUCCUGAUUCCGAUGACGAAUUUGUGACACCCCCGUCAGUCCCUGCUGCUACAAAGAAGGAUUUUGUGGCGCCUGUGGUCAACCUGGAGAAAGAUGACUUCAUCAUGGAUGUCGAAGAUCUGCCUCCCACCCCUGAACCAAGACGAAAACGCCAAUCAUCAAAACUCCUGUCCAUAAUAUUAUCGAAUCCGCAGCUACUAGCGAAAAGGUGCGACUCGUUAGACAAGAAAAUCCAGCAGAAUGAUCGGGACUUCAUGCAGGCCAUCAAUGACAGAUUGCCGAAGGAGAAGAGGAACGAGAUCAAAGCGGAGAAAGAACGGCUCGUCAGACAACAAAAGGCGAUCCAGGAUCUCGAUCAAUCAGUGAAACAUUACAAGAAUCUGCACCAGCAACGAGAGGCAGUGGCUCAGAAGGUAGCACGAUCAUACGCCGAAGGUGCAAAUACGGACGAAGAAGAAGCCCGACUGGACGAGCUCACUGAGCAUGUCGAGACGAAAGAAGGAGAGCUCGCUCAAAUGCUAGCCGCAGCAGGGCUCAACGAAGCCAAUCUAUUAGAUACUACGGAGGCUCCUGACACGAGCCGAAGAGAUGAUCAUAUCGUUGUGCUUGGAACCCAGGCUGGUCAUGGAGGCUUGGUGAACAUGUCACGGAGUUCAAGAGACGCUCACUUGCCUAUGGGAGGGACUCAAGUCGUCCAUCAGACCCAACUUCCUGAACCUGUCCGGUCACAACUCUGGAAUGAACCCAUUCCGGCCCAGAGAAUGACUGGUGGAAGCGGUAGUCUGUCCCAAGAGGAUUUAAACUCACGAUCUAAGCCAUUUCCACGACAGCCAUCACGUACCACCCAGCUGCCCGAUUACGCCUCGACGUCUGCUCCAAGAUCAGUGCCAACGCUGGUCCAUGACGUGGACGCCGAGGAAGAUUUCUUCUCUGACAUUGAUGACGUGGACAUGCAGCUGCUACCCAAACCGGCGAAGAAGGCCACUCCAGCCGAGACACGCAAAGCACCUCAGAGGAGUCACAUUCAACGCGCAGCAAACGAGUUUAGCGACUUUAGUGACGAUGCUGAUAUGCUUGCAUUUGCUCAAGACUAUGAGGGACGGCAGUCUGCUCGAAAUCUGCCCCUGGAUUCUCGACGGGCAUUCUCCGAAACAUCUGGAAAUGCUGUGCCCGCGCCAAAGCAGAAGCAAGCCUCCAAAAGACAGGCGCCUCCAGAUUCAUCUCAAACAAGGAUACCGGCGGAGCUGAUGAGACAUCCUUGGUCUGCAGACGUACAAAAGACCUUGAAAGAUCGAUUCAGGAUGAAGGGAUUUCGACAGAAUCAACUGGAAGCCAUUAACGCCACGCUCGCAGGCGACGAUGCCUUUGUUCUGAUGCCAACGGGCGGUGGAAAGUCCCUCUGCUAUCAGCUCCCAGCUGUUGUCAAGUCCGGCAAAACAAGAGGCGUCACUAUCGUUGUUUCUCCUCUGCUGAGCUUAAUGCAAGAUCAAGUAGAUCACAUGAAAGCUCUAGGAAUACAGGCCGUUGCAUUCAACAGCGAGUGUUCGCCAGAGUACAAGCGGCAAGUCAUGUCUGCUUUCGAUGAGCGGAAUCCAGAACACUUCAUCGAGCUCCUCUACGUCACACCGGAAAUGGCCAGCAAAAGCCCCCAGUUCAUGAACGCUUUGCAAAACUUGUACCGCAACAAAAAGUUUGCUCGCAUCGUCAUCGAUGAGGCUCACUGCGUUAGCCAGUGGGGGCAUGACUUUCGUCCAGACUACAAGACGCUGGGACAGCUUCGAGCCAAGUUUCCUCAGGUUCCUGUCAUGGCGCUGACGGCCACUGCCACACAGAACGUCAUUGUCGACAUCAAACACAAUCUUCGUAUGAAGAACUGCCAAGUGUUUUCGCAAAGCUUCAACCGUCCGAACCUGUACUACGAGGUCCGGCCUAAAGGCUCCAACCCGGUAGUGACGCAGCAGAUCGCUGCUUUAAUCAAAGCCAAAUACCCCGAUGUUACAGGCAUUAUCUACACAAUUUCGCGAAAGCAAGCCGAAGAUGUUGCCCAGAAGCUCUCUGAACACGGCAUCACAGCACGACAUUACCAUGCCAUGAUUACACCCUCGGAGAAGGUGGAGGUACAAACUGCGUGGCAAAAGGGCCAAAUCAAAGUCGUAGUGGCUACGAUUGCUUUCGGGAUGGGGAUCGACAAGCCAGACGUGAGAUACGUUAUCCACCAUGGCAUUCCGAAGAGCUUGGAAGGCUAUUAUCAAGAAACCGGGCGUGCGGGACGUGAUGGGAAGCCCUCCGACUGUAUCUUGUUCUAUGGAAAGGGGGAUAUAAGAGUCCUCAAAAAGCUGAUACUGGACGGAGAUGGCAGCCACGAUCAAAAGGAAAGGCAGAUGGUAAUGCUGAACCGCGUGACAGCAUUCUGUGAUAACAAGGCAGAUUGUCGACGAACCGAGGUCCUCCGCUACUUUGGAGAGGACUUCCAUCCGUCACAAUGCAACAAGACCUGCGACAAUUGUCAGGCUGGGCUUGUAUUUGAGCAGCAGGACUUCUCCGAAUACGCCAUAGCCGCCAUACGAGUUGUCCAGCAGCAGCACAGACUGACGGCCAACCAGUGUGCGGAUAUCUUGAUUGGGAGGAAAUAUCCAGACAAUGAAAUGCAAAACUCGGAUGAGUACCACGGCAUGGCCAGGGGGAUGAAGAAGCAUGAGAUUGUGCGCGUUAUCGACCGCCUCUCGGCUGAGAAGGGCUUCCACGAGGACAACGUUGUUGGCAAUCAUGGAGUUGCUAUUCAAUAUCUCCAAAUCGGACCUGCUGCCGACCAGUUUCUGACGGGGAGACGAAAGCUUAUGCUGACGGUCCAAGUUUCUGAUCAUGGCGAUGCAGAUCAGACGAGACCCAAGAAAACAAAAGCCAGCAAGAAGCAGAAAGAGCCGGCUAAUAACGUACAAUCGACAUAUGUCUCCUCUCCCGUCAACGCACGCAGAAAAAGAGCAAUGGUGCUUGAUAGUGAUGACGAGUCAAACCUACCCACGACAGCACACGGCUAUGUGAACGAUGGCUUCGUUGUCUCGGACGAAGAGAUGGAAGACGAAGGUGAAGAGGAAAUGGCCGAAGAGGACGAAGCUUUUGAGCCGCUGCCUCAGCACCGACCCGCGAAACCAACCAACUCGACAGCCAGCUCCAGAAAGCCAUCACGGCCCGAACCUACCUCAGGUAGGCUGAAGCUGGAAGAUCUGCCAGAGAUCCAUCAGGACGUGGUGGAUGCUUUCGUUCAAGAGGCACGCCAACUGGAAGAGCGAUUUCGGAACAGGCAUGAAAUUAGACGACCACUGUUUAACGAUUCUCACCUGCAAGAAAUGGCCAUUAAUUGGACCAUCUCCCUCGAGAGCAUGAGCCGGAUUCCCGGGAUUGACGUCGAGAAAGUCAAGCAGUUUGGCUCGAAGCUGAUACCAAUCUUAGAGACGUAUCAUGAUUCAUAUCGCGAGAUUUCCGCGGCAGAGUCUGGUGGUGCUGGUGGCUCAGCUUUCAACUUAGAUCAAGAAAUAGUGGACCUGAUCAGUUCGGAUCUCGAGAUAGAUGAGGAUGAAGAGGAGGCCAUGGGGAUGGAAGAAGACUCUCACUACUUUGCUCCCCAACCGCCAGCGAAUGUGCAAGCAUUCCACGACAGGCUGCAGAGCUUGAAUAGUCACCCGAGUCAAUCCAGGGGCAGAUCAUAUAGCCGGGGUGGCGGAGGGGGAGGAGGAGGAGGGCGAAGGAGAUACUCUGGUGGGAAGAAAUGGUCCAAGAAAGGUGCUUCUGGCGGAGGCUCUCAGCGCCGGGGCAGCGGCUCUGGCGGGAGGGGAGGCGGUUCUGGGAGCGGCGGCGGCGGUUCCUCGUCUCGAUCUGGCGGAGGGAGCAGUGGCGGGUUCAAGCGUGACGGCAAGAUCGUCAAGAAGAGUGGAGGAGGGAUUGGUUUGAUGCCUUUAUGAUGAAUUGACCAUUGACGAACGGCUUUGCUAUUCCUCCGGGCG